UGAACAGCACGCUUCAAAGCAGGAAAUCAGAUUUAUCACACCUAGUUUUUUGCAGAAAGUUUCAGCAAUAUUUUUCAACAUGGUAAUGUCAAGAUGUACCGCUGUUGGCUCGAUAGUCACUGGUUGUAUUAUGUUGGGUUUUGCCAUCAUCACUGUGAUCUGUGGCGCAGUCUCAGCGAGCAAGUUGUCAGGGGAAAUAGCUGCCACGGCUGGUUUGUGGUCGCUUUAUUAUGCUGUGCCAGGAAUACUGACCAUUGUUGCCGGCGCAACCAAAAGAAGUGUUGUGAUGGGCUUCGCCUUGUUCUUCAAUAUCAUCGCAGUGAUUGUUUCUCUGGGCGCUUCAGUGGCAUUGACCAUUUUAACCAUUCUGUUAAAUGAAGUCAAGGAUGAAAACUUGGUCUGCGUGAGCCAUGGAGAUACCUGCACCUGUUCAGACUCCGUAUCGUGGAACAUGCACUGCGAAGAUUUCGAUACAAUUCAUAUCUUAACUAUCGUUUGCCUUGUCUUUUUCAUCAUUCUGACUAUCACCACCUUCACCGCGUCGAUCUUUGGUUGCCUGGGUACCUGCUGUGCUCCCACGGAUCCAAUUGUUGUGGUCACCGCCGGCGAUCAACCCCCCGGGGGUACAGUUGUUGUUGCCAGUAAUCAAUCGUCGUCUUUCCAACAUGGUUACCCUGGAGGAAUGCCGCCUGCUUAUGGCUACGGCCAACCCCAAGAAUACGGGGACAAGAAAGGCCUCGUUAAUAACAUGGUUAUUUGAAUCUGUUCCUAUUAUCUUGAUUUUCACGCGAUUUCACGCAAUUACUUGUUCAUCACAAUCACAUGCACUGGCGUUUAAAGCUGCCCUAUAUAUUCCAUUCGUUUCUUUCUGCGUGUUCAAGCAUAUAUUUUGUAUCCCACAAUGUAACCGUUACUAAAUAUAACACUCAAGUAAUGAUUUGGCAAUCUUUCUGUUUUAAUUUGUU